AUGUCGGCUCCUCCACGACUCAUCCAUGUGAAGCGGAAACGCGGCGACGAGGACGCCCCUGUCACCUACCUGCAGCUUGAACAUGGCACCAAGCGUCACCGAAGUGGUAGCAACUGGGUAUAUCAGCGGCGUAUUGCUGGCUCCAAGGCCUCCGAGUCCAUCGUUGACACCAACCCACGCCCCGAUACCGACGUGAUACACACCGCUCCCAUCAUUCAAACCUCGAAACCUGGCGAUGAAUUCUUGAUUCCAAAGACGAGGUCGAAGGUUACAACCACGAAAAGCCCAGCUACCCAAGAUGCUCUCCCGAGCGACCAUGGCGCACAAACGACAGCCGUCGGAAAGCCCACCCAACAACCAUCGACCACCACCAGCUCACCUGGGCUAUAUACCAUUGAACCUCGCCGCUUUCACAUGACCCGUGCUUCUAUGACCACCGACUUGAAUCAAGUACUCAAAGCUGGUAUCUCGAAGAAGCAUCGCUACGGAACUGCCGUCUUUGUCGAGCGAGGGAAAAAGAGAUCACUUACCAAGAAACCAGUCGAACCGAAACAGCUUUCCGCCUCCAUCGAGAACCAUGCGGUUGGGGGGGCCCUAACUGACAGUCAACAACCCACCUCCACCGGUUUGAAGAAACCCAGCACCAGACGCGUGUUGACCAAAGACGAGAUCACCGCCAACGCGGGUGAGUCUGCUGCGCCUAUAACAGAAGAAGCGAAGGCCGACGACGUCAGGGCGCAGCGGAAGCCGUUACCUUCAUUCGCCCCAGUGGAAGAUAUCGAUAAAAAAGCCACCGAAAUGGACCAAUGGGUGCUCCAUGAGCUAGGGUUCAACUUGCAACAGAUGCAAAUCCAACAAACUCGCGACGCUGAAUCUCCUCGUUCCAAGCCUUCACCGAGAUUCAAACCCAAGGCCCCCGCUCAGCGCUUCGCCGAACGUCACCCAGAGCUAGCCCGUAGACUCAACGAACAGGCCUCUAAAGAGGCGCCAGAAUCUCCAACUGACACAGAAAUGUCCGAUGAAGACUACGAGAUUGAAGUCUACGAACUGACCUCCACGCCUACUGACUACGCUACCUCGCUACGAAAUAUUCCUCCCGAGCAGAUUGGCGUAUUGCACUUUGAUACCCAAGAGGACUUGGAACUUUUCUAUGGCAACGAGGAGGAGGACUCGGACGAUGCCUGGGACGAUGAAGACGAAAACGCCGAAAACCACUACACAGCAGACUACCCCGAGGACGAAAUCGCCUCGGACGACGAGUAUGACCGCAACCCUUAUCUCUACCACAACGAUGAUGGAUCGGAAGACGACUUUCCCGACGUCGAUGGCACCUAUUACGCGCGUGCUAUGCGUGGUAGCGAUGAAGACGACGACCCAGAUGCGUAUGUUAUCGACGCCGAGAAGCUCGAUGGAGACAAAUUAUUCGAAGAGAAUAUCCGGCGCUACAUCCGCCAGUACGGCUCAGGGUGA